GAUGAAAAUUGGCAGAACCUCUCUGACCAAUCACAGCUCAGUAUAAACCCACAGACAUGAUCAUGGACCAAUCAGAGCACACAUUCAAAUGAUUUUACGCUCCAGCAACCGUUACUACGCUCUGAUGAGAGCAGCUUUAUGAGGGUGGAGCUUAUGACAUCAUCAGCCGAUGGGCAGGAAGACAAAAAGGGGGCGGUGCUAUGUCCAGUGACUGGCAGCAGGAGAGAGACAGAUUCAGAGGGAGGGAAGGAGAAGAAGGAGGCUAACAUCUCAUCCACCUCUCUCUCUCUCUCUCUCUCUCUCUCUCUCUCUCUUUCCUUCUUCAGCAUCUGCACCUCAUCCAGCAUUCUCCCCUCUAUCUCCUGUGUGUGUAUGAGUGUGUGCGUGUAUGAGUGUGUGCGUGUAUGAGUGUGUGUGUGUAUGAGUGUGUGUUUGUGUGUGUGUUUCAGCGAAGAAUAUUUCUCUGCAUCGCUCUGCUGGUACUUAGAGACUGUGCCCAUCCGUUGCCUUGGCGAUGGGCUGUAGGCUGUCAGGGCCGUGGAUGAGCGACGGAACAAUGGGGGUAAGUGCGCAAGAUCUGAGGUACAUACGGAACCAUGAGGCUUUACGGAUCCUGGCCAGCUGCGAGCAACCAAUCACAGUGCAGAUCGAAGGGAGAAGGGGGCGGGGCUUACAGUAUCAUCGAUCAUCAGACAGCAGCACACAGACGAAGCAACCGUGGGAUGUCUCCUCCGACAGGCCCUGCUACAGUCACAUGACCCUGCCUGGUAACCAUGGAGAUGGAGGAAGAUACGAGUAUCUCCCAAACACUCCGCGAGACCUCGAGGACAUGAGAACAGUUCCACGUCAUGAUCCUGAGUUCUCUCCUAAAGCUGCUCAGAAACAGAACUGUCUCCUCUCCUGCUGCAACUCCAACAUGGAGGAACCGAGCAGCUUCCAAAGCCAGACGGAGGACGAGGACUAUGUGUUGGAGAAGAAGCUCGGGUAUCUACCCCUCCAUCACGAGCUGGACAGCGGCCUCGGCUGGACGGACGGCAGCUUCCACCAGGGGGAGCUCUCAGGGGUGGAGACAGAGGAGGGGUUAGAGGAGUGCCACGCCCACCAGGGAGGUCGAGGAGCGCGAGUGCGAGGAGGAUCGCCUUCAUCAGAGUCGUUCAUUUCAUCUGAGCUGAGUGACUCGGGCUUCUACAGCGUGAGCACAGCCGAGUUCCUGCGCUUUCAGCGUCUGCUGGAGAAACGCAUGCGGGUCUAUAACUCACGCCUCCACCACCAGGGGGAGCUGCAGAACCUGUGCAUGGACGCACAGAAAGCACACCGUGAACUGGAGGCCAUCCCCGAGGCUCUGGCCCCGCAGCAGGACAGCGAGUGCGUGGAGGCAGAUGCCCACCCGCAGCAGACAGUCAGGGUCGCGUCUAUGCCGCUGCGCAAAAGCGAGCGUCCGUGUCUGAACUGCCACAGCUCCAGCAGCGCCACCAUUUUCUCCACCUGCAGUUCUCCCAGUGGCCAGCAGAGGCCACCGCACGGUACUCCUGCUGCAGGGAUGCUGAGGAGGAGUAGGACGCUGCAUCACCGCCCGGUUCAUGUGGAGCAGCGUAGGAGGGCGAGUCACCCGGCGUCACCUAACUACUGCAGUGUGACGCUAAACCACUAUGGACACGCGUUACAGCCACAGCUAACUGAGGAGACUGAAGCGGAUGUGCUGUACAAUGCUAAAUACAAUACGCACCACGUUAAUCAGCCAGCGCAUCAUGCUAAUCAUCGUACACAUCAUGCUAACCACCCUGUUCACCAUGCUAAUCAUAGUACACAUCAUGCUAACCACCCUACACACCAUGCUAGCUACCCAACACACAAUGCUCAUCUUGCUAACUACACCACAAUGCAUGCUAAUCAUCCUGCACACACUAUGCACCAUACUAACUAUCCUACACACAUCGCUAAUCAAGCUGCACACAAUGCUAACAAUUUAACACAUUCUAAGCAACAGGCUAAUCUCCCUGCACGCCCCUAUCAUGCAACUCUUCCUGCUCAACACACACACCACACCCAGGCUACAUUCACCUCACAAGCUCCACACCACAGCCACACCCACGCUACGCUCCCCACCCAACACACACACCACGCCCACUCACCACAUAGCAUGCACCACGGCCACGCCCAUGUGACUCUCCCCACCCAACUCACACACCAUGCCCAUGAUACACCUGCAGCACAUGCUGCACACCCUGGCCACGCCCACAUUAUGCUCCCUACCCAAGACUCACACCACAUCCAUGAUACAUUAACACCGCACAGUCACACACACACUGCGCACCCCGCACAACACACACCCCACACACACACUGCGCACCCCGCACAACACCCCCCCCACACACACACUGUCUACCCCGCACAACACACACCCCACACACACACUGCACUCCCCGCACAACACACACCCCAAACACACACUGUCUACCCCGCACAACACACACCCCACACACACACUGCACUCCCCGCACAACACACACCCCAAACACACACUGCGCUCCCCGCACAACACACCCCACACACACACACUACGUUCCCCGCACAACACACCCCACACACACACACUACGUUCCCCGCACAACACACCCCACACACACACACUACGUUCCCCGCACAACACACCCCACACACACAUGCUACGCUCCCUGCACAACAUGCACAUCACAUGUCACGGACACGCCCCAAACAUGCUAUGAGCCAGCCCAGUCUCUCCAGCUCCACUGAUGACCACCAUUUUGCUCCGCCCCCAGAGUCCUACCGCCUUGAUAACAGGGGGAGGAGCUUCACUGAGCCAUCUACAGGAGGAAUACCAGAACUUGAGAAAGAGCCUUCAGGAGAUCGAGAAAGAGGGCGGUUCCAUACACUCAGUCACACACCCUCUCAGGAAGGAAAUGACACUUGGCCCAAAACCACCAAUCGGCAUGGCCCAUACAGCACCCUCCAGGGUCACGUGACCACAAUGACUGCAGCAGCAGGCAAAUCUCCAGCAGGAGCGGCGAACCCGCGGGCGAUGCGUAACCAGCUGCUGCGCGAGCGUGCACUUCGGCUAGCAGAUGAGCGCAGCGGUGGCAUUAGCACAGACGACGAGACAAACGUGGAGAUCCGGAGGGCGGGGCGCUACUGGAGCCGCUCGGAGCGCCGUGAACAGGUGCUGCAGAAACAGCGACAGAAGCGGGAGGCUCUCCGAGGGGGUGGGGCUAACAGUAACCCCAGCGUGGGUGGAGACAGCAGUGGAUACAAUGUGCUGAUGGAGCUUAGUCAGAGGAAACUGAGUCGCCUCAGGAACAGGAAGCUGCUGGACGAUUGGACGACAGUGGAGGAGCUGCUGACCCACGGAACACGACUCGGAACUCACGAUGAAAACAUCCAGAUCCCAAACUCCCUCCUUACCGUCACCACUGUAUAACCACACACACACACACACACACACACACAUACACAUACACACACACACACACAGUGUGGCAUCUUGGGAAAUUUACUCAGGUACACUCCCCCUCCCCAGGCAGGAAGGAUUCUGAUUGGUUAUGUGCCACAGCCAAUGAGAGCUGAGAGUUAGGUUUUGUUUGUUUGUUUGUUUGUUUGUUUUUACCUGUGAUGACCCUCAGAACUUUGCAGUCCAAGCAGCACAGGGUCAGUAAUGUUUGUUUAUGACAAGGCAGCAUUUAGCAGUGUGACUUUUCCUGGCAUUCUGAGCUAGCUCCCUUUAACUUGAAACAGCUAACAGCUAAAUAACAGAAACCAUUAGUUACCACUGCUCCUAGCAUUAGCUACUAGCUGAAGCACUGUCUUGACAACAUCUUGCAGUAAGCUAAAACUGUGUGGUGUAAUAAGUAGACAAGUCUGUAAAGAUGAUUACAAAUCUGAAAAAGAAAUAAGAUUAAAGAAGCUAUUUGUUUAAUACUGAGGAGCAACACUGUUAGACGACUAGCUCCCAGCUGGCUAACGUCCUGCAGUGGGCAGUUAUUAAAGUGCUAAGUUGUACUAGUGUCUUUAAUUAAGAUGGUGACCAGAGUCUUACAGACUGCAGACUUUUACUGACUUUAUUAGUGCUAACGAAUCAACACCCUCAUUCUUACAGCAUAAUGAUGAGGAUGAAGAUGAGGAUGAGGAUAAUGAUGCCAACUGCAGGAUUUUAACUUCCAUGCAUUACACACACCUGACAGGUGAUUUAACCCCGCCUCUGCUGCAUUUCCAUUGGUCCACUGACUUCAUAAUCCUCUCUGCACUUUGUCUGAGUAAAUCUCCCAUAAGCCUUUGCGUGUGUGUGUGUGUUUUACUGCCUUGACCACAUGAGGCUACCUCCUGUCUCCAUGGUAACUGUAUAUAGGUGUUUCACAGCACUGUAGUGUAGAGUGGUGUUUUAAUGAGACAUAUUACACUCCAAUACAAUCCUCACACACACACACACACACAUAAAUUUCUAUUUAUAAAAAAAUGCGUAAAUGCUGCAAUCUGAUUGGACGACCUUGAGCAAUACGGCGCCGCGUAAACGGCGGCUCUGAGACGCAGUGGAGAAAAACAGACAGUUUAUCGUCUCGCUGGUGCUAACGGGAGAGUCGAGUUUCUUUAGAAUGAAUCAGAUACACUUUCUUGAAAGUCAACGCGUUUGCACAAAACGAUGUCAGAUUUCACUGAUUGUCUUCCAGCAAUGUGGGCGUGGCUCUUUACCAUCUGGCCCCGCCCAUCACCUGAGACGAUCAUUAAACCAGUUACUCUGGGAAAAAACAUCCAAAGCCAAACACCAUCACACACACACACACACACACACACACACACAUGCAAACUGGACAGGAAGUGAAGAAGGAAGUGAGGAAGAGGAGAUCAGAUGAAUGAUAAACAGGAAGUGAUGUAAGACAUCAGAGCAGACAAGAAGUGAUGCUGGAGAUCAGCUCAGACAGGAAGUAGUCAUUCAUCAGAAUUCUCAUCAGUUGUGUAGAAGACAUUUUGAACUCUUUUUUCUCGUGCUCACUCUUUUUGAUGUCAUGAAGAGAUUUUGAAGCUGAAGUGUAAAUUGUGUGGAUAUGAAGACGCUCGGUGUGCCGGACCUCCUCAGUGACUGACCCCUGACACUUUAAUGUUUUGUUGUUCUCAUGUGAAGACAUUUUGGCAGUUUUUCUUAUUUUACUGAUGAGAGUCUGAACAUCUCGGACCCUCAGCUUUUCAGUUUUAGUGUUUUAAAAACUUUGGGAUUAUUUGUGGCUGCUUGCAGAUUUGACUCGAGUUUCAUUGUAUCUGUGAAUUUACUUCGGAAUUUUUCAUUCGAUUUUACUCGAAAAACAUUGAGAUGUUCGAUUUCCUGACUUGCACUGAGACACACCCUGAAGUGUUUACAAUGCCGUCCUCACGGCCGAGACCACGCCCAGGACCACGCCCACAUGGCACCUCCCCACUUUCAUGAGAAGUCAUUUGAUGAAGUCACUUUUACUCUCCACUUCUGUGGUAACGUGACAUCAUCAACUCCAAACUCACACACACACACACACACGCACACACAACACGGUCUUGAGGACGGAUUCUUAUUUUUGCCUAAAUCGUGGCAUUUGAUUGGCCACGCCCACACACACCCUGCAGGAACCAUGUGAUCGGGUUCUCUUUCUAACUUUUUUUCCUGAAAUCUGAUGUUCAUGUGAUUGUAAUAAAGAUGAGAUUUUAAUUAUCUACUAAA